CUUGCAAUUGUUUGUGAGUGAGAGAUUAUCAAAUUAAGAGAGGAGUUUCCAUUUUUGGAGAAAAACAAAGAUGGCUAUUUCUGGCCACUGGGCAUUUGCUUUUGGUGUCCUUGGAAAUAUUGUCUCGUUUAUAGUUUUUCUCUCUCCACUCCCUACAUUUUAUAAAAUUUACAAGAAGAAAUCAACAGAAGGCUAUCAAUCAAUUCCGUAUGUGAUUGCUCUAUUCAGUUCCAUGCUUUGGAUAUACUAUGCAUUUCUCAAGACCAACACAACCCUUCUCAUCACUAUAAACUCCUUUGGGGUCUUCAUUGAAACUAUCUACGUUGGCUUUUACCUUUUCUACGCACCAAAGAAAGCCAGGGUCCAAACAGUGAAGAUGCUUCUUUUAACAGUGGUUGCUGGAUUUGGUGCAAUUAUCCUCAUUGCUCAGUUUCUAUUCAAAGGUGUCGCUCGUGGGCAAGUGGUUGGAUGGGUUUGCCUUGUUUUUUCCUUAUGCGUGUUUGUAGCACCAUUAUGUAUAGUGAGAAAAGUAAUAAAAACAAAGAGUGUGGAAUUCAUGCCAUUACUCCUAUCAGUAUUUCUCACAUUAAGUGCUGUAAUGUGGUUCUUCUACGGUCUUCUACUUAAAGACAUUAACAUUGCUGCUCCAAACAUAUUAGGAUUAAUCUUUGGUAUUCUUCAAAUUGUGCUCUAUGUAAUAUACAACAAGAAAGAGAAGCACAUCCUUAAGGAGCAGAAUCUUCCCGAGCUACAAAAUCAUGUCAUAAUCUUGGAUGAUAACAAGAAGCUUCCAGAACUAACUGAAGAACAUAAAAUUGACAUUCUGAAACUUGGUAAAUUGGUUUCAAGUUUGCAUGAAAAUGCAUGUGCAGCAGCUAAAGAAGAGAAGCUGCCCAAGCUGCAAACUGUGCAGGCCUAAGACUUUGUGAACCUUUAAGUUUAAUUUACAUGCACCAUCUGUAUUAUUAUGUCAACAAAUUAAAAUGUCCACUGUAUUAAUUGAUAUUCUGAGUUCGCCUCUAGUACUGCUUCCCAUCAUAGGAUCGAAUUUGAUGGGAAUUGGGUAUAUGUUGUG